AUGAGUAGUGGUGACACUGUUCGGGAACAGUUCUCUGCUUUACAACGACAGCAAAAGGAACGACUUCAUCAACUACAAGAGAAGUCAACAAAGAAGAAAGUCUCCACUGUGGAUACUAGUGAUUCAAUUAAUUACGAAGUUGACUCAGGUCCAUUCCCUAUUGAAGAAAGUAAUAAUGUCAUCGCAUCUAUCAUUGCUGUUCAACAAGAAAACCAAAGUGAACAACUUCGAGAAUUGCGUGACGAAAAUGGUCGUCUUCGCAAACUUCUCGCAGAAAAAGAUUAUGAAAUCGAUUAUUUACGUCGGAUACAAGAAGAGGAACGACAAGCAUUCACAGGUCCGAACACUGUCGGUGGUGACGCUAUAGCUACCAAAGUAGUUGAGCUAUCCAAAAAGAAUCGAGAACUAUCAGCAGAGUUAGAAAGCGAAAGAGCAAAGUUGAAAAAGUUAUCAAUCAAAUGCAAAGAACUUGAAUCUCUGACCACUAAUGUUCAGACUGAUGGACCACAUCCUGCGAUUUCCGCUGAUGAGAACAAAACGGAAAAAGAAUUGAAAGAAUUACGUGAUAAAUUCAAAGAUCUUCAAGCACGUCAUACCGAGGCAAAAUCGCAACUUGAUAUUACUAAACAAGAACUAAAGAAAACGCAAAAGGCUUUAGAAAAGGAAGUCGGCGAUACUGUCAAUAUUCAAAACAUUCUCAACGGCACGAGCAACUGGCGUGGUCGCCAACAGCAGAUUAUCGCUUUACAAGAAAAAGUCAAUGAACUAAAAGCGCGUACAAAUAGUGGUACGAGUUCCGGCAUGAUUGACGACUGGGAGGGGAGUUUAUUAGCAUCCAAGUAUGAUGAAACUAUGUCGAAUGCUCAGCAACGUCAUCGUGAUGAAAUUCGUCGGAUUGAACGUGAACGUAAAGAUUCAUACGAGCAACAAAAACAAGAACUUCAGGUUUUACGAGCCGAACAUCAAACAUUAAAAGACAAAUUCGAUCAAUCCAAAAGUCGCAAUACAGUUCUUGCCAAUGAAGUGAAAACGCUCCGUGAACAAUUGAAGACUUCGUUAGAAAAAAGUAAACACGAUGAUGAACUUAUUGAAGUUCUACUGAAACAACAGCAACAGCUAAAAUCCACACAUGAUCAUUUGCAAAAAGAUCUCGAGGUCAAAUCUAAAAUAAGUACCGAGCUCGAACAGACGACUAAAUUAGAUCAGAUGAAACAAGCGAAUAUGAUCAAACAACUGCAGCUCAUAUUAGAUCAAAAAGAAAUGCGAAUCAGAGAGUUAGAAAUGCAUUUAGAUGAAAAUCGAAUCAAAUAUGAAAGAGAACGCAGUGAACCCCGCUUAUCUCAAACUAAACUGAAUGACUCUCUGCCAUUUGUGAACAUCACUAGCCGACACACACCUAUUCAAAGUGUCACACUUCCACCAGUGCAACUGACCGCUCUAAAGCAAUCGACCUCAGUCGAUCCAGUAAUCAACCGUCUAGAAAAAAGUGGAUUUAGCACAGCAUCGAAUAGUCGGCCAGCAAGUGCAGCGACUUUUAAACGGUCUUCGGAUGAUAAAGAUCUUCAGUGUAUUAAUGCCGCGCUCGAAGUCGAACGAAAUCGGUUGGUGGAGUUCGUCCAGACGCUGCAAAAACGUCUCGAUACUGCCAAUGCUCAGCAUGUCGAACAAGAAAACAAAAUAAUCGAAUAUCGUCGAAUGAAUGUUCGUUUAGAGAAAGAUAUGGAAAAAGUCAAACUCGAUCUGAACAAUGUCAAAAAUCGAACAGUCAAAGGACGUGGAGCCGUUUCGUUACCGAAAUCAGCAUCGACACAGGGAGAAAAUCAUGAAACUAUUGAAGAACUUGAAACGCGUUUAGCAUUGAAAACGGAAGAAAAUGAUGCACUUAAAAAUGCACUUCAAUCCAUGCUAGAUGCCAAAGAGGAAGAUUUGAAAUUAUACAAUGAAACCAUACAAUCUGUGAAAGAUAUUUUCCUUCAAGGAAUUCAACAUUACAAACCUCUUCAAACGACAGACUAA